AUUAUAAACUAAAAAAUAUCUCUAAUUUUUGGGCUAAAAUAAUAAAAUUUUUACAUAUUUAGAUUUUAUACGAAAAUAAUUUAAACGUAAGCCGGCCUUGAAGGAUUCGACCUCUGCUAUUUCAAGAUGGACGCCGACGGAUUGAAGUUGAUCUUUCUCGCUUUAGUAGCAACGACUUUCUGUGGACUUGUUUCUGGAAACGAUUUUUCCUGCUACGAAUGUAAUAGCAAAUACAAUAAUAAUUGUACUGAUACCAUUGACAAAGGAACACCUACCGUCUGCACGUCAUCAUCACAUAAUCAUAAUGGACAAAAUUGGAUGAAUAAACCAUUUGAAUUGUGCUUCAAGUCAGUACAGUCGUUUGCUGAUCAAAGUAUAGUUGUUAGGGGAUGUGCAGCAAAAAUUGAUGGUUGGAAAGAUGGAUGCAUCGAUCGUACAGGAACUCAUGGAGUUAUGCCGAAGCGAAAUUCUUCCAAUCAGUCUGAAUUUGAUCGAAAAGCCUCAGGAAAGGCUUCAAUUAUUUCUUUCUUCCGACAACAACAAUCCUCCCUACGAGUUAAAAGACGAAAAAAACAAAAACCUAUAAAUGAUAUUGAUUGCAUUAUUAUCGACGAUAGUGACGAAACAGGCGAAUGCCCUACAGAAGAUUCAAAUUUAUAUAAUACUAACGAAACUUUAGACGGUAGCUCUAGAGAUUCGACAGAAAGUUUUGAUAAAGAUACAAAAAAAGACACUGAUAAUGAAAAUUUGUUCUUGCGUACCGAACACAAUCAAACUGUAGCGGAAAAAGUUAUAAUAGAGGAAAUUGAUAACAAUGAUAGUCUGGGAGAAUCGAUUGUUCAAGAGAAUGAUGAUAAUCUAGAACAUUCGACUUCCAAAGAUAACGAAGAUAGCGUUGUGGAAAAUGACUAUAGUCCCUACUAUCUCCAAAAUUUCGUUCGUAUAGUUCAGAGCGUUCAGAAUGAUAACAUGUUUGAUAACUUAUUCGAUGAACCAGAUUUAAAGAUUAUAGAGAAAUUUUUUGAAUUGUCAGAACAAUCUAAAAAGUUAUACGCUCGAUUGUUUUUGAGGCGUCGUAGGUGGAUACCACUUCAAAAGAUUAAGUACGCCAAUAUCUCUGACGAUUUAACAUCGUUUUUAAAUGAAUUAGUCAAGGUCAAUUUAUUAUACAAUGUCGAUAGUUUAUCGAAUUUAGACGAAGGACUUCGGUGCUUGUUAAGUAGUCAAGUAAAAUUGCUGGCAAAAUCAUUAAAACUCAACUACAAUGAAAGUAAAACGUCAUUAAACAAGGCUAUAAUAAAACAUGCCAAAUCCUCUUCGAUUUCUUCUUUCUUUACGUCUGGCAAGAGUAGUCGAUCUGACAUGAUUCUAAGACGAAUAAAGGAUCUUUUGGGUGACUGUUACAAAAUUAAUGAAAUAUCGAGUGAUGUUUUUAUGAGAUGCUUUAUACUCUAUGCUCCGCAUUGGUCGAGCGGCGAUGACGAUUUGACCGGCCAACAACUCAUCUUCCAAAUGUUAAGAAGCGAUAUCAACAAGUCUUUAUUUCCAAAGUUCGAAAUUGUCAAGCGUAGUCGAAUUUUUCACAACAGACAAUGUUUAAAGCAUUACCAAGCAGCUUUAGCUCAUGAAACAGAUAUCAAAGAAUUGAUUUCACAAAAUGCAUUCGAAGAUGCUUAUUCUCUUUUUUCUAAAGUUCUCGAAGAAUGGAAGACCUUAUUCCAAGAGGAUAAAGAGAUGAUUAAACUAGACGAGAAAUUACCGGUAUUUUUAAGAGUAUUCAGCGCCGGUACCAUCUAUACUAGAAUAAUGGUUAUGGGAGUUGAAAUAUUACAACGUUUAAAACGGUAUAAAGAUGCGGUCAAACUAAUAACUAGUAUUCUAGAUCAAAGUACCUACGGAUGGCACGUUAGAGGAGCUAUGUACGAAAGAUUAACAUUAAAUUUAGACCAGCAUCUCAAACGUUAUGAAGAUGCUUUAAAUGCUUGUCAAGACGCGCUAAAGGAUGAUGGUGUGAGGGUUGGACGACGAUUAUCAAUAUGGCUGAGGGCAAAACGUAUUUGCAAUUCCAAAUCGAAAAGUUUAAGAAAAAGGUGGACAGAAUUUAGUGAAGACAAACUGCGCCUUGUUAGUGAUCCUAGAGAAAUUACAAUUACAGCAAGCAGAGUACAGAAUGCUGGUGUAGGUUAUAAUUGGAUUAGUCAGGAGGCAUCCGAUUCAACUGAUGAGAAUCAGGUUACCUUUCUCAGGAGAGUUGAAGACGUUGCGCUAGAGCACUAUAAAACUCAGAAAUAUUCGGAAGGCUUACACGGAGAGUCAGCUCCUUACAGAUUUCUUUUCUCGCUAUAUUUUUGGGAUAUUUUAUUUUCUCCUGUGCCCGACGUAUUCCAUUCUCCUCUACAGAUCUUUCCUCUAGACAUUUACUCACCAUCUUUCUAUGAAAGUAGAAAAGAGCUUAUCGACAAUAGAAUAGAAGAAAUAAAGUUCGCAGGAGAAGAUAAGCUGCUAGAACUGCUAAAAGACUCUUGGAACGACCAUGAAAAUAUGGAAUGCAUAUAUACUAAUUGGGAACUGUUUAAAAAUGUUGAUCAUUGCAGUAGCCUAGUCAAAUGUAUUGGAAGUGAGCAUUUAAGCGCAAUAUUCCACCGAAUAAUAACAGACGUGAGGCGAACUUUAGGCGGCAUGCCUGAUUUAACUAUUUGGUCUCCAGAGAGGAAAAUUUGGAAACUAGUUGAAGUUAAAGGUCCAGGUGAUAGACUUUCUACGAAGCAAAUUCUAUGGUUAGAUUAUUUUUCGACAGUUGGCAUAGAUGCUGAAGUAUGCUAUGUUCAAGCCGUUACGUCGAAAAAAUUGAAAAAACAUUCCGUAAUGGAAAGAGUAACCUUUAGCGGAAGUAGAACUGAAGAGGAAAUGGAACAUAUGCAAAAUCCAUUGGUAAGGGAAGCUUGGUCGCUAAAAUCUUCCAGAUUUGUAACUAUUGAAAAGCUAGCCUUUUUGAUUAUGAUUCUCCUAGGAAUAACAAUUUUACUCUGCAGUUUUAUCUGGUUAUUACUAGGUGGAAGUAAUAGGAAAGCCUGCGCCCAUUGUGCUAUUGCGUUAAAUCAUAAGAAAGAUUUAAGAGUAGUUCGUCUAGACAAUAUCAGAUAG